AACCACACCCCCGUCUCCUCCCGCCAUGCUCCUCCUCCACCAAAUAGGCACCGUCAAGGUAGGCGAGGUGGUCCGCUACACCGUCACCUACGCGCCGUCACAAGACCGCAUCCUCCCCUCCCCCGAGAAGCUCCACCUCCGGAUCCGCAACACCUCCGCCCUCGCCCUCCGUGCCGCCUUCGUCCACGGUCCCUAUAACCUCUGCGUCGCCGCCUACCCGGCCAACUACAACCCGAACGCCAAGUUCACCGCCGCCCGUCGCUAUGGCAUCCCCGAGUUCGAGCCCAUGGUCAAGGCCGGCGGCUCCUGGCAGUGCGAGCUCCUCGUGCCCGAACACAUCCGCCAGUCCGCCGGCAUCGGCGUCGGUCCGCAUGGCCUGUCCUUUGGGUCCUCCACCGCCAACACCACCGCCAACACCAACACCACCACCAACACCACCACCACCACAACCUCGUCGGUGGGUGGUCACACCGAGGAGACUGCCGUCUCUUGGAUCAUAGAGGUUUCUUCCCAGGUCAUCUUCUCCGCCUCCGCCGCCGUCGGCUACGAGAUCGUCCUUGCCCGUGACGAGAAGUCCCUGAAUCUGAGCUCCUCUCUGCCCGUCAUCGGGGGGCAUGCUCAGAUCCCACAACCGGGGAAGGUCAGCGACCACCAGCAGCGGCAGCGGCAGCAGCGGCAGCAGCAGCAGCAGCAGCAACACCCCGGGGCUAGGGGCGUCUUCUCCCGCGCCAUCCGUGUCAGGGUCGAGGAUACCGCUGCCCUGUGGAAUACCCCGAGGUUACCGGGAUGGGAUUCCGGCGUGAAGUACGCGGAGAGCAGCAAGGGGGGGGAGACUGCCGGGUCCUCCGGUUCGGGAGAGACGCCCACCCGGAAUAAGAACAAAGACAAAAAGCGGAAGAAGGUCCACUUGGUCGUCCUCACCCACGGCUUGCACAGCAACCUCGGCGCCGAUAUGCUGUACCUUAAGGAGACCAUCGAUGCGACCGUACGUCAGGCCAAGAUUGACGCCAAGGCGAGGCGGGCUAGAGAAAGAGCCGCUGCCAAGGCGGGCGGACACGGACACGGACACGGACACGGACACGGACACGGACACGGACAUGCGGCCAAGACGACGACUUUGAAGAAGAGUCAAGACGAAGAUGUCAGCGAAAAGGCAGCAUCAUCACCACCCGACGAGAACCAGGGUGGAAGGGGAGAUGGAGAACCAGAACCAGAACCAGAACCGAAACCAGAUGCAGAGGAAGACGAGGACGAAGAUGAGGAUGAGGAGGUCAUCGUCCGUGGAUUCUCUGGCAAUGCGACACGGACCGAGAGGGGAAUCAAGUUUCUGGGCAAGAGACUCGCGAGAUAUGUGCUGUCAACCUGCUAUCCCGACCAACCCUUUCUUCCUUCUUCCAAGGGCGCCAACGAGGCCGCUGCCGCUGCCACUUCUGCUGCUGCUGCUGCCACUUCUUCUGCUUCUGCUUCUGCUUCUGCCUCUGCUGUCAAGGCCAAGACACCCGGCACCAAGGGCCAUCCCAACCCCAACCCCAAUUCAAUGCAUAGGCAGAGCACAAUCCACCACAACGCCGGUUCCGAGCCCCAUCGUCCUUACCAGAUCACCAGCAUCAGCUUCGUCGGUCACUCCCUGGGCGGCCUGGUCCAGACCUACGCCGUCGCCUACAUCCAGAAACACUCGCCCACCUUCUUCGACCUCAUCAGGCCCGUCAACUUCAUCGCCCUCGCCACCCCGUUCCUCGGCCUGAGCAACGAGAACCCCCUCUACAUCAAGUUCGCCCUCGAUUUUGGUCUGGUCGGCCGCACCGGACAGGACCUGGGCCUGACCUGGCGGGCCCCCACCAUCGCCAGGAGCGGAUGGGGCGCCCUCGUCAGCAACCUCAGCGAGUCCGCCCACAAGAGGGUCAUGGGCGAGAGCCGCCCCGAGUCGAAGCCCCUGCUGCGCAUCCUGCCCACCGGCCCCGCCCACACCGCCCUGAAGAAGUUCCGCAACCGGACCGUCUACUCCAACGUCGUCAACGACGGCAUCGUGCCCCUCCGCACCAGCUGCCUGCUCUUCCUCGACUGGCAGGGCCUCGGCCGCGUCGAGAAGGCCCGGAGGGAUGCCGGCCUUGUCGAGACCCUGGUCGGCAUCGGCUGGGCCGAGUUGACCGGCGCCAAUGCUACUGCUGCGAGGCGCGAGGCGAGGAAGCUGCAACAGCUGCCACCCGACUACUACGACGACGACGAGGAGGAUGGUGAUGCUCAUGGUGAUGGUCAUGAUGGGGGCAACGACUCGGCCGGAACCGCGACCCCUAUGCCUACCGCUCCGAAGAAUGCCUCCGAGGUCCCGCAGCCGUCGCAGAACGCCAUCAUCGAGGAUGACAGGGCCAGCGUCCGCUCCGUCCCUACUACUACUACUGCGCCCACUACUACUACUACUAGCAGUAGUAGUAGUACGACCUUCGCCAAAGACGGGUCUGUCCCCGCGGCUCCCGGCAGCACUGCCGAGACCACCAACUCGGGGCCGCUCGCCGGCUUUCUGUCCUUCUUCAGGGGAAACGGUAACGGCAACGGCAACGGCAACGGCAAUGGCAAUGGCAACGGUAACGGCAACGGCAAUGGCAACGGCAACGGCAACGGCAACGGCAACGGCAACGGCUCGGCAACCCCUCCGACAAACGCCCAUUCUACUAAGCAGCAUAAGAUCCUGCGGAGAAGCCAGACGAUCAAAUCAGACGACAGCGGCAACUUGUCGAUGACCUCGCCGUCGGCCUCAGCUAUCGUCUCCAGGGUGACGACUGGCCAGGAGUACGAGCUGGACACGGAGAGCCUGAACGCCCCGCCCCGAACCACCGUUUUCGAGUCGGCCCACGAUCUGAUCAACCCGACACUGCCCUCCACCGAAUUCCUCAUCGAUCCCUCCAAACGGCCCAGGGCCAUCUUCCACGACAGGGUCUACCACCCUGCCGACAUUCCACCCCCUCCCAUGAAGCCCAGGUCGACUCCCUCUGCGAGUUUUGGUGUUCGUAGGAGGGCUACGGGGCUGUCCACCUCCAGCACCGAGACGAAGGACCAGGCCCCGGGCGCGUCAUCCUCCACUAACAACACUACCGCUAACACCAAUGCUAACGCUGCUGCUGCUGAUGCUGAUGCUGCCGCUAAUGCCACCGCUACCACUGCCGUCAUCUCUUCGUCCUCGCCUCGCCCGAGUCAGAAACUCCAACGCCAGGAUUCCAUGCCUUCUAACAAGGACAACAACAACAACGACAACGACGAUGCCGCCGCCCAGGAGGUCGACGGGUCGCAGAUGCGCGUCGAGGAGAAGAUCGCCCGCGCCUACCACCGCGACAUCUCCUGGCGCAAAGUCCUCGUCAAGCUGGAGCCCGACGCCCACAACAACAUCAUCGUCCGCCGCAUGUUCGCCAACGCCUUCGGCUGGCCCGUCGUGAAACACCUCGUCGACGCCCACUUUAGCGAUUCCGCCAACGCGAGGGCCCGCGUCGACGACAUGGAGGGGAAGGAACGCGCCCUGGAUAUCGGGCAGCCGCCGACCUUGGAGGGGAGUGAGCUGAAACGCGAGAAUGGCGAGAAUGGCUCGGUUUCACGUGCCGAGACCGUCCCGCAGCGGACGGCGCGGCAUCAGGCUGAGAAGGCGGACGUGGAUGGCGCCAAGGAUCUUGUGCAGGACGAGACCGAACCGCCAAAAGAACAAGAGCAGCAAGAACAAGAACAACAACAACAACAACAACAACAACAACACCACCACCAGAGAUCCGGGAAUCUGGCACGCGAAGCGGAGGAUAGGGUCUCCGAGCUACCCACCAUGUCCUCCCGAAACGAACCCGGGACCCCCCCGCGACCGUUCUUGCCUCCACCCGUCACGAGGGCGGACUCCAUGACAUGGAGCGAAGGCGACUGGAUCGACUCGGACGAGAGCGACACCGAGACCGAAAACCACGGCGCCGGCGCCGGCGGCCGCCGCGCGCCGCUGAGUCCACCGCCACCACCCCGCACGCCGGAUACUUCGAGGCCGACCACGACGGUAACCUCAACCUCAACCUCAACAACAGCCAGAGACAAGGACAAGGCCGCGGCGGCGCAGAAUCAGUCCCUGUCCCCCCUCCCGCCACCACCACCACCGGGUCGGCGGGGGGCAGACGUCCCAACAACGACGACACCGAGCCUCCCCAGCCCGCUGCUCGGCGUCGGGUCGGGGUGGAACUGGGCCGAGAAGAUUGUCGGCCGCGGCGCUUCUUCUUCCGCUCGGUCGUCUUCUCCUGCCCCUUCUACUGGUACUACUGCUGCUGCUACUGCUCCGCCGCCUACUAAGGCUCUCGGCUUGGGCCUCGGCGCCGCGUCCAAGUCGCCUCCUGCACCGCCCCAGCUGGAUGUGGCACCGACUUCGCCGUCGUCCUCGGGUGGCGAUGGUGGUGUUGAGGGGGCUGGUAAGCAGAGAUAGGAAGCGUUGUGAAAGCGAGGGGAACCAGUCUUGUCAGUCAUUAGCUCUGCCUCUUCCUCUUCUUUUUUCUUCUUCUUAUUCUUCUUUCUCUUUCACUUUGUGUUUGUUGUUGUUUUCUUGCAAAAGGAUGGGCAGAUGCAUGGAUGGUGUUUCGGUGUACUCCAUCACCCCAUUAUCCGCGAAACAUGACAACAGUAAAGGCUAGGAAACUUCAGUCCUUACAGGCAAAAGGCGUUUUUGAUUGCAACAAGUCAACAAAUAAGAAGAUGGAAGAUAGAACAGCAACUGCAAGCGAAACAGUCGAAAUAUCAUCUUUUACAUACUAUAAUAAUACCAUCUGUAC